AAGAGGGCCAAACUGGUCCUAAUUUCCUAAUCUGCGUCGCUCCGAGAGUAGAACGCUGAAUCGAGCGGGAAACUAUUAAUUGAAUUCAUUUUUACUUAUUUCUUAAUUUUCAGAUUCACAGAAAAUUCCCAGAAAAGAAAAGGAGAGAAAGAGUUGAAAAUUUCUCAAAUCUCCGAGUAGACCUUUGAAUCUGAAAAUCAAUAUCGGAAUCAGAAGAGAAAAAGACAAAUUUUAAUCAGUAGGCAAUAGUUAUAUUGGCCUCCUCGGACCUCAAAUCUAUGGCGAGGACCAAACAUGCCGCCCAACGCAAACUAUUUCGUAGUCGAAUCUCCGGAGUAACCUCACCAGCAUCCGCUGGAACGAGUUCGCAGACACCUAGGAGAAGAAGUGUGAGGACUGCUCCUUCGAAUUCAAGAGAGGAGCCGAGGCGGAGAAAGCGGCCUCAUAGAAGGCCAGGUACAGUGGCUCUUCAGGAGAUUCGGCGUUUUCAAAAGACCUGGAAGCUUCUCAUUCCAGCCGCUCCUUUCAUUAGAACUUGCGUUUGGGUGGCGAGCACACCAUCCAAGGUGAGAGAGAUUAGCAAUUUUUUUGCCCCCAAAGUCAUUCGGUGGACAGCUGAAGCUUUAGUGGCAAUUCAGGAGGCAGCAGAAGAUUAUUUAGUUCAUUUGUUUGAAGAGGCAAUGCUAUGUGCAAUCCAUGCAAAGCGUGUUACACUUAUGAAAAAGGACAUGGAACUGGCUCGGCGGCUUGGAGGGAAAGGCCAACCUUGGUGAAAAAGCAUUCGAAUUUAGAACAGUAACCCGUGCUAGCAGCGGUGAUUUAACCAAUUAUUGAAUCUGAAGUGGUUCUUUGCCAACUACCUUUCCUGCUGUAACUGUCAUGUUAAAUUGUAGUUAAGUAGUUAAAAAUCUCGGACCCUUUAGCCACACAUUACUUUGCAGGCCGUGUAAAGAGCUUCUAAUCAUCUGUUUCCUUGAGCUUUUCAUCCUAGGAAGAUUUUUCUCUUUUGUCAAACUGUUGUUGUAGGUAGCAAAAGUUUUUUUAGAUCAUUCAUCCUAUAAGAGCGGUGAAGUGGCGUGUAAGAUUCUGUGAGAAAUCAACAAUACAACGUUUGGAUUGUGCUGUGUCGUGUAAGGUUUGGAAAUUGGCUUAGACAACGUAUGGAUCGUGCUGGAAGUUAGGUAAAGACUGUUUAUCUUGUUACGAGUGAUUCAUCUGAGUCUUAUUUCAUUCAAAAUUUUAGAUUUGAGAAGUCGGAUGAUUUCUUAUGUUAAAUUCUUGGAAAGGUAAAGAGUUUGUUUUGUUC